AUGGCUUCCCCUCAAGCUGGUGACCCGAACGUGGACCUUGCCCCUUCUGCUUCGCCGUCAGCGGUACCGGCCUCUUCAGUCAGCCCGGCUUCCACGCAAGUCCGUCUCCCCCCAUUCUGGGCCCAUGAUCCCCUCCUCUGGUUUGUCCAGGUGGACAAUUUCUUCCACAUGCGACACAUUACAUCAGAAACCACCAAGUACCAGCACCUGGUUGAAAGUCUUCCCCCGUCCGCCGCCGCUGAGGUUCGGGACCUUCUCCUCGCGCCGGCGGCAGACAAACCCUAUUCAGUCCUCCGGGACGCUCUCGUUAAACGGCUCAUGUCAUCCCAGGAGCACCGUUUGCAGCAAGUGCUUUCAUCUGAAGAGCUCGGUGAUCGUCGCCCCACUCAAUUUCUCCGCCAUCUGCAGUUCCUUUUUGGCGACAAGGCAUCAUCUAUGGACCCUGCUAUCCUCAAGGAACUUUUCCUCCAGAGACUCCCUCCCCAUGUACGCGUGUCACUAGCAGCAUCGGGCGCCCUGCCCCUCUCAGAGCUAGCAGAACUCGCCGACCGCGUCCUGGACAUCGCCCCUCCCACCGUCGCCGCGAUGCCCUGCAAUACGCAAUCCACUUCGAUUCCUGUCCGGCUCCGGUGA